AUCGCCAAUCCCAACAGCACCAUCCACGACAAACCCUUUUAGCCUCCCAGCAAAAAUCCCAACAAUUAAUCCAGGUUGUCAGCGAUGGCCAUCCUAGAAGAAGUUGAACAACUUCAACAAUCUUCCUCCUUCACUUUCAAUGCGGUUCUUGAUCCUUCAAACCCUCUUGGGUUCAUAGAAUCUGCUUUCAAUUUUGUCUCUCAAAACUCCAAUCUGUUCAGGACCCAGUCUGCCGAGAAACAAAUCAUGUCUUCCGUUCAUUCAAUCAAGGAAAGAAUCGAGGCUGAAGAGGCUGCCGAGAAGAAGGCCGCUUUUGAGAAAGAACAAGAGAAGGAGAAAGAACAAGAGAAGCAGAAGAAACUUGUUCCAAACACAGGAAACGGCCUGGAUAUGGAGAAUUAUUCGUGGGGUCAGUCUCUUCAAGAGGUCACCAUCAACGUUCCAAUCCCUCCCGGAACAAAAUCCAGCGCCCUUUUGUGCGACAUAAAGACGAAUUAUUUGAAGAUUGGACUCAAGGGUCAGCCGCCGAUCAUAGACGGGGAGCUAUAUAAGCCCGUGAAAGUUAACGAUUGCUUUUGGAGUUUGGAAGAUCGGAGGGAAAUUUCUGUUCAGAUGAGCAAGAGAGACAAGACAGACUGGUGGAAGUCUUUGUUGAAGGGCGGUCCGGAGAUUGAUACCCAAAAAGUGGAACCGGAGCCGAGCAAGUUGUCUGACUUGGACAUUGAAACUCGUUCUGCCGUAGAAAAGAUGAUGUUUGAUCAGAGGCAAAAGCAGUUGGGACGUCCGACCAGCGAUGAUAUCCAAAAGGAAGAGCUGCUGAAGCAAUUCAAGGCUCAGAAUCCAACCAUGAUGGAUUUCUCGGGAGCCAAGUUUAUGUAAACAUGGGUUUAUCAU